CGUCGGCGGAGAGGGACGGAGUGUGCGCUCCCUCAGCCCUGCCCGCGGCCGGCCGGACCCGCUCGAGUAGGGGCACGGGACGGGGCCCCGCCGCCUGCCGGCCGUUAUGGACCGUGACCUUCUGCGCCAGUCGCUGAACUGUCACGGGCCGUCCUUGCUCUCCUUGCUUCGGAGCGAGCAGCAAGACAACCCGCAUUUCCGGAGCUUCUUGGGGUCGGCGGCGGAGCCAGCCCGGGGCCCGCCGCCCUCUCCGCACGUCCCGGGCAGAAAAGAGAAGAGAGUUGAAAACAUUGAAAUACAGAAGUUCAUCUCCAAAAAAGCAGAUUUGCUUUUUGCACUUUCUUGGAAAUCAGAUACACCAACGAUUUCUGAAGCUAAUGAAGACAGCGAUGCUCACUAUGCAGUCAUGCCACCUUUAGAGCAGUUUAUGGAGAUACCUAGUGUGGACCGGAGAGAGCUGUUUUUCCGAGAUAUUGAACGAGGUGAUAUAGUGAUUGGAAGAAUUAGUUCCAUUCGGGAAUUUGGAUUUUUCAUGGUGUUAAUCUGUUUAGGAAGUGGAAUCAUGAGAGACAUAUCCCACUUAGAAAUCACAGCUCUUUGUCCAUUGAGAGAUGUGCCUUCUCACAGUAACCAUGGGGAUCCUUUAUCAUAUUACCAAACCGGUGACAUCAUUCGAGCUGGAAUUAAGGAUAUUGAUAGAUACCAUGAAAAGCUUGCAGUGUCCCUCUAUAGUUCAUCUCUUCCACCACACCUGUCAAGUAUUAAACUUGGUGUAAUUACUUCUGAAGAGCUUCCUUUAUACUACAGGAGGAGUGUUGAACUAAACACCAAUUCUUUGGAGUCCUAUGAAAAUAUCAUGCAGAGUUCCCUCGGAUUUGUUAAUCCAGGAGUAGUUGAAUUCCUCUUAGAGAAACUAGGAAUUGAUGAAUCUAAUCCACCAUCUUUAAUGAGAGGCCUACAGAGCCGAAGUUUCUCUGAAGAAGAUUAUGCUGCUUCAUUAAGAAAGAAACAGUCUGCAUCUUGGGCUUUAAAAUGUGUGAAGACUGGAGUUGAUUACUUUAAGGUUGGACGCCAUGUAGAUGCAAUGAAUGAAUACAAUAAAGCUCUGGAAAUAGACAAACAAAAUGUGGAAGCUUUGGUAGCUCGUGGAGCAUUAUAUGCCACAAAAGGAAGUCUGAACAAAGCAAUAGAAGAUUUUGAGCUUGCAUUAGAAAACUGUCCGACUCACAGGAAUGCAAGAAAAUACCUCUGCCAGACACUUGUAGAAAGAGGAGGGCAGCUAGAAGAAGAAGAAAAGUUUUUAAAUGCUGAAAGUUACUAUAAGAAAGCCUUGGCUUUGGACGAGACUUUUAAAGAUGCAGAGGAUGCUUUACAGAAACUCCAUAAAUAUAUGCAGAAAUCUUUGGAAUUAAGAGAAAAACAAGCUGAGAAGGAAGAAAAGCAGAAAACAAAGAAAAUAGAAACAAGUGCAGAAAAGUUGCGUAAGCUCUUAAAAGAGGAAAAAAGGCUGAAGAAGAAAAGAAGAAAAUCAUCAUCUUCUUCAAGUGUUUCUUCUGGUGAUGAGACAGUUUCUUCUUCCUCAUCGUCCUCCUCUUCUGGUCACAAAAGGCAUAAGAAACAUAAGAGGACCCGUUCAGAAUCUUCUCGAAGUUCCAAAAGGCAUUCAACGAGGACAUCCUCAAGUCACAUAGAACAGAAUAGGAAAGACGAGUGCUACCCAGUUCCAGCAAAUACUUCAGCAUCUUUUCUUAACCAGAAAAAAGAAGUGGAAAAACUGCUGGAAAAGCAAGAGAGGUUACAGUACCAAAAGGUACAGGUGAAAGAGAAGGAUAGAUGCCCUCUCUCUUCAUCUUCAGUUGAAAUAACAGAUGAUUUUGGAGGUAGGUCUGAAGAUCCAAGAGAUGUUUACAACAGCUAUAAAACCCAGGCAGGAUGUAGCAAAACAGAAAAGCCAUAUAAAUCAGAAAGACAUUUUUCCAGUAGAAGAAAUUCCUCAGAUUCCUUCUGUAGAAAUUCAGAGGACAAAAUAAGAAUGUAUGGCUCCAGGAAAUGUGAAAAGGACACAGAGGGAAGAAAAGAACACUACAGAAGGUGGGAACCAGGCUCCAUGCGGCAUUCUACAUCACCAGCAAGUUCAGACUAUUCUUGGAAGUCAUUUGAAAGACAUAAAAAAUACACUUUUUCUGGAUCCCGUGAUUUCAGUAGACACGAGCAAAGAUACCGAUUAAAUGCAAAUCAAGAAGAAUAUGAAAGAGAGGACAAUUCUGGGGAGGAAAAUAAAACAGAGGUUCCAGAAAAAGAUGGACUAAAUAACACAGAGCAAUCAGAAAGCAGAGUUAAAAAAAAUUUACCUCAAAAUUUACUCAAUAUAUUUAACCAAAUAGCUGAAUUUGAGAAAGAAAAGGGAAAUAAGCCAAAAAAUUAAGAAAAUUUGUACCAUUACACUAACAAUAAAGUUGGAGUGUUUUAGUUCUAACAGUAUGAUUUAGAAAUAUAGAGGUUUUCUCAGAUUUUGUUUUAGGUCACCUUGUCACAGCUUGAGUUUCCAUUUUCAGCCUUUCAUGGGAAUGUUUAUGUACAGUAUUUUUCCUACUCAGUAUAAACAACUUUACCUAAGGAUAAAUAUCUAAAAGCAUUGUUUCUUCAUUGUUACACUGUAUGAGAAUCCCUUAUCUUAAGAGAAAAUUAAAUUUGUUCAUUGAA